GCUCAAGCAGCGCUUAGCACCUGGCAUGUGGCGAUGACUUUGGGGGAAGUCAUUUGCUGGACCGACACAUGGGUCUAUCACCAAUGCUGCGAUGUGCAAGCCUAUGGGGAAACCGGACUGGAGCUGUGCUUCGGACAGAGCAUCAUCAACUUUCACACUUGCUGUCCUCAUCCGGUUCACAGAGCUCUGCCCCGACCAGGCGAGCAGGUCGAAAUUGUGCAAAGUCCGUGGCCGGAGAAACCCGGCUGUGAUGCCACUUUUCCGUGGGCGCCGGCAGCUCUAGCCCCCGCUUUGCUUCAUGGCCCCGCGUAUCACCCGCACACCGGCGAGUACAUCAAGGACCUGCUGCCCGCGCAGUCCGGCCGGUGGUCCGACGAGGCGGAGAAGUCGCGGGAUGAAGAGGAACAGCACCAAGCCGCCCGCAGACUUCGAGUGAGGCAAGUGGUGGCCAACCGCUGGGAGGGCCUUACCUUCCGCAGCUUUAUGCAGGGCGUGGAGGAGUACUACCGCACCGGCCGGUGGGGCAUCGAGAUGGUGGCACUGUUGACACAGAUCAUCUCGAACUUUGCCUUUGCACUGGCGGAGUGUGCUCCGGCUGCCUUGGUGACUGGACUGGUGAAGGCAGAGUCGCUCUAUGACUUGGACUUGGCAUCAGCAAGAAAAAUGACGCGGGGCCUCCGGCGCCUCACCCGCAGCGCCCAGCAGAACGGGCGCCUGGUCUGGCGCUCGGCACAGAACUUCUCUCUCUGGGAGGACUUGUUGGCGGCCGCGCUGCGGCGCACCGAGCGCCUGGAAGAGAGCCGCAGGGCCCCGGAGCGACCUUGGCUUGUGGACAUGGUGGUACCCUUGUGCUCACCCAAGGAGCUGGACGCUGUGCGUGCAGGCUUAGCGCUCAUGGGUGGCUCCAUGCCAGCGAGGGAUGACUUCGAUGGGUGGCCCGAGGGCACGGCGCGGGCCAGGCAGGCGCAAGCCCACAACCGGAUUCGAGGGCACUGGCGGCACGCCAGGUUUCGACUCCACGUGUACAUGGUCUGCGGCAGCUAUUCUCUUUUGGGUCAUGACACAGACAUCUCCACAAACGAUGUGGCGCAUUUGUCGAAGGCGAUCUUCAACGGAUUGCCUGGGGACUUAUUGAGGAUCUUCGGAGAGGGAGGACUUCCCAGCAUUCGCCUGGCAAAACUCGAGGAGGAGGUUCCCACUGGCGAUGUGGCUGUGUACCUGCAUCAUUUGGCACAAGCAUCAAUGUCAAGUAGCCUGGCCAAUGUGUCGUUGUUGCUACACCCGGAUUUUCUGGAACAUGUCCGACCUUGGAAGAUGUCGCAAGUGUUUCAGGCGCUUCUGAAUGGCGCUUGGUCUCCCAGUGUGGACUUUCUGUAUCUUGGCUGGAGACACGAGGGGCCAGUUUCGCCUGACGGACGGGUCGCUUCCCACCUUCGCUACCACUGCGAUGUGGAGCCCUGGGAGGGAGGGAAGAUCGGGCCCUGCGAUAGCGGCUACAACCCCCGGCUCCUGCAAAACCUGUGGCGGAUGGUCUUUGGCACAGAUCUCUCGCCCUUUGCAGGGGACGACCUUGGAGGCUACGACUUCUCUCAACUGCUGGUGACCCGCCGAGCCGUGGAGCGGCGCCCGGCCAGAUACUGGCGCUACCUGUCGCGGGUGAUCUCCGCCAGGGCAUCCUUCGAGCUGUUGCCCGGAGCCCGAGGCUUCAUUUCACGGCGGACAGACCUGUCCCCCCACGAUCCCUUCAACAAGGGUGUUUGCGCCUGGUUCGAGCACUUGUGGCACAUGCUCUUCGACCCCCGCUUCUUCCCUGACAGCAAGCAUGCCAGCAAGGAGUCAGAUCUCAGGGCCUUCACAACAUUGCACGACCCGAUGCUUCCGCUCGGGCUACGAGCCGGGCCAGACAGUGUUAUGGGCCGGCAUUAUUGGCUUUCUGCUGAAGAGCAGUGCAAUGCCAUCAAAGACGAGCAAGGCUGCCGAAUCUUGCAGAUGCAGCGCGACUGGCGCCGCCAGUCCGCGAAGCCAGCCGCUGCCAUGGAGAGGACAUGAGACAUCAGCAACCCCGUUGCCCGUGCGGGACAUGUGCAAGAUGCAGCAUCCAUGCUAAGUUCUGUGCCGAUCUUCGGCAACCCGGCGCAGUGAGGCGAGAACCCAGGACAAGGUCCCGGGGACAAGGUGCAAUCAUUGCCAGGUCAGCCCCGAGCGAGCGAGCAAGAAGCAAGAAGCUGAGACCCGGCGCAACAGCUAUGCAAGCACCUGCCUGCCAAAGGCUUUGACGUGUCGCGUUCAGAUGCGGAUUAGCUCGUAGUCUUUCGAAGGAGAUAUGCUUGACCAUACAGACCA